GNAAAAUCUUUCUGAAGUGUUAUAACUUAUAAUUACUGAGUUGUGGGUCAGGUGGGGGCUCUUUGAGUACAUACAAUCUGUUGCAAUCUUCAAAAACUGCUGAAACAGCACAAUAUGCAGACCCCUACUUCAAGACCCAGUUCUCUUCAGAUGGCGCCAAAAUCAUCUUCUUCCACACCAAAAGUCGUUCGUAAGCUAAAAAUUACGGGAUCAGAUUCCGAUUCUCCGAAUCCGGUCAGCAAAAUGCCAAAGGACAACAAAAGUCCUAAAGUAAUCGACCGAAGGUCACCGCGAAAUCAGCUGAUAACCGAGAAGAAAAAACCAACUACCCGAAUCUCGGAGCUCGAAUGCCAGCUGUCCCACCUCCAAGACGAACUAAAAAAGGCCGAGUCUCUCAAAAGAAAAGCCGAGCUGGAGGCUGACGAAGCCAAGCGCCACCUGGCGGCCACGUCAGCAGAGCUCCAAGAAACCCGAAUCCAGCUGGACGAAAUAUCCGAAUCCGAGGACUCCCGUCUUCAGGAGCUUCGGAAAAUUUCCCACGACCGAGACCGAGCUUGGCAAUCCGAACUCGAAGCUGUCCAAAAGCAGCAUGAGCUGCAAUCCUCCGCAUUAUCCUCCGCCAUAAACGAGAUCCAAAAGCUCAAAGCCGAAUUGGAGGGCAAAAAAAUGUCGGUUGUUAAGAAAACUGAGGAGGAGGCUGAUGAUGUGGAAUUAGUGGAAAGUCUAAGGACUAAAGUGCAAAAUCUGCAGGCAGAGCUCGAGGCCGCCGAGAGAAGCUACCGAGACGAGUACAUACAGAGCACACUCGAGAUUCGGAACGCGUAUGAUCUCGUCGAGAGGGCAAAAUCGGAAUCUGGCAAUAAAAUAGCCGAAUUAAAGUCGAUGCUCGACGAGUCAAGAAUCGAAAUUCAAGAACUCACGGAAAAGUCAACGCGGAGAGAAAUCGAGUCGAAAACUCUGGAAUCGACAUUACGAGACCUCAUGUCGAAAUUAUCCGAAAAAAGUUUGGAAAUCGAGAGACUCGUGAAAGAGAACGAGUUGCUAAAAUCGGAGAGGAGGAAAAUCGAGCAUGAGGGGUUGGUAAAGGUGAGUGCUUUAACAGAGGAAUCGAAUAAAAGCGGGAAAAGAGCUGAACAUGCAGCCGAGCAGCUUGAUGCGAGUCAGGUUUCAAAUUCGGAAUUGGAAGCUGAGCUGAGGAGGCUGAAAGUACAGUCGGAUCAGUGGAGGAAGGCGGCUGAGGUGGCAACUGCCAUGCUGUCGGUCAACGGGAAGAGAGUUGACUAUCAUGCGAUUGGAGGGAAAUUGGGCUCGGAAAACGGUGGUGGUGAGACGGAUGAUGAGUGUGGGGCCGAUGAGGAAUUAGGGAAGAAUAGAAGGAAUGGUGGGAAUGUGUUGAGGAAG